UCAUGGCAUUCGAUUUCCUGGACCGGUACCUCCAUCAGCAUGGCCGAAUGAGUACAAACACAACUUCGAAGUCAUACGCGCACUCCAGUUCUUGCGUUAUGAAGACUACAAAGAUACCGAGCGCAUUCCUACUAGUCAUAAAGUGGGUUACCAGAAACGCGUCAAGGAACUGCGUGAGAAAGUCCGAUAUCUACUCAAGGAUAUUAAUCCCAACGAAUCUUCAUGGCGCAAGCUUGAAGACCCUAUAUUCGGCAUAUUUGACGACCCAGUCAUAUGGUACGUCGCAGACCAGACGGACUUUUACAUGGCUGAGCUGACUUGA